AUGUAUUCGCAAAACUCUGGUCAGCAACCCACCUGUCAGGUACAAAAUACGGACAUGGACCGUCAGAUGCAGCAAUAUACCAUCGACCUAGUAAAUCGAGCGCUGACCAGGAACCCCGUAGAACGGGAUGCGGCGGCCUACAUUAAGAAGCAGUUUGAUCAAGAGCACUCUAAGCAUUGGCACUGUAUAGUCGGGAAACAUUUUGGAAGGUGA